AUGGCCUGGAGGACUCAGCUGUGUCCAGAUGUGGAGCUAGGAGCGCAGCGUGCCGACGGCCGGCGGCAGAUGGAGCUGGUGCUCCGCAAUGUGGUGCCUGCGCGCUUGGCCCUGAGCCCAGCAGCCGGGACGCCAGCAGUGUGGCUAGACACACUGGCCACGGAGCCUGCGCGAGGGCUCUCGUACAGCGCCUGGCUGGCAGCAAGGGCCAGUGGCCGAGAGUGGGUGUUCAGGGUGCCUCUCCAGGAGGAGGGCCGAGGGGAGUCCGCUGCAACUGUCCUCCAGCAGUACCCCACUGUGGGCUCAGCCAUUGUUGUGCCCGGGGUAAUAGUCCAUGAUGUGAAUGAGCUGACAGAAAAGCUGUUUCCAAUCGUUGAAGCCAUGCAGAAACACUUCAGUGCUGGAUCGGGGACCUACUACAGCGACGCGAUCUUCUUCUUGUCAGUCGCAAUGCAUCGCAUCAUGCCCAAAGAAAUAACACAGAUCAUCCAGGUAGACUUGGAUCUGAAAUACAAGACCAACAUCCGAGACCUGUUUGAUGAGUUCAACAACUUCCCAGAAGGAGCAGUCAUUGGGAUUGCCAGGGAAAUGCAGCCAGUGUACAGGCACACGUUCUGGCAGUAUCGCCGUGAGAACCCUCAAACCAAAGUGGGGGACCCACCUCCUGAUGGGCUGCCUGGCUUCAACAGUGGUGUCCUGCUCCUGAACCUGGAAGCCAUGAGGCAGUCCAAGCUCUACAACCAGCUGCUGGAGCCCACCAUGGUGCAGAAGCUGACGGAGAAGUACCACUUCAAGGGCCACCUUGGGGACCAGGAUUUCUUCACCAUGGUGGGGAUGGAGCACCCAGAGCUCUUCCAUGUGCUUGACUGCACGUGGAACCGGCAGCUUUGCACGUGGUGGAGGGACCAUGGAUACAGUGAUGUGUUCGACCAGUACUUCCAGUGCGAUGGUGAGGUCAAAAUUUACCAUGGGAACUGCAACACCCCAAUCCCUGAAGACUAGGGCACCUGCCACCCCCAGGAGCAGCUCUGGUUGCAGCAAGCCCUG